UCUCCUGAACCAAGUUGUUCAGCCAACGCUUUAUAAAGUUUUAUUGUCACAUACAAGACUACAGAAGCUGAAUAAUCUCUAAGGAAGGGAAUGUUUUUACCGCGACCACUGUUUCAUGUAAAUUAUUAUGGCAACCUGGACAGGAACAGCACAUGGCUUCGCCCCAACACCUCAUACAGACCUGAAAAUAUCAUGAACAUUUUGGACAUCAAUACUGAAGUAAUACGAAAGCACACACAUUCUGUUGAUGUUCAACGUAACCGGAAGCGGAAGGAGAAAAAGAAACAGAAAAAGGAAAGCGUGACUAGUCAAGACACUCCUGUAUUUAAUGAUCAAUUUAUUCUUCGUCCACCUCAGUCUGUUGAAAAGAAGACAGAAAAAUGUUCAACAAAGGAUGAAAAAAUUGACAAAAGUCGAAGCCAGAGUUUGAUUGAUGCUUAUAAGCAGUCAUCCUAUCAACCGUUUGCUCUGUCUAAUUCUUCCUUGCAUGACACUUGUUGGACAGGAUCUGACUUUCCUACAAAACUGUCAUCUCCAAAACAUUCUGAUUCCGUAUAUAAAACAGAAUGUAAACCACAACAGGGUUCCGAGGAAUCUAACCCUCAAAGGGGAAAAGAGAUAUGUAAAAUAGAGACAAUCAAACACAAUGAUAUUUUGGCGCCGAGGAACAGGAUCUCUAUAACAAAAGAUCCAAUAAAUGCCAAGAGGAUACAGCAGUGUGAACAAGCCAAGCUGAGGGCCCUGCAUGCGUCUGAUAGAACAGGGAUUCCACUGGCCGACAUCUACACGGGGCGGAUCUCAUUCAUAGACAAAAAGAAAGAAGUGACUCUCAAUAUGGAAGAAGAUGUCAGUCAAAGGACGAGCACUGAGAUUGGUGCUGUGGAAAGGAACGUUUGUAACACACAGCCUGCCGCUAUUCCAAUAUGGCCCGAUAAAACAGUGACAUUCCCCGAUAACGACAGCUUUUCCUCCGAUUGGACGAUGUCGACUUCCGGUUGUGAGACAGAGGAACCAAUCACAUUACAGGAAGUCCGAGAGCACAUGUGCUAUUAUGUCCUCUGCUGUGGACUUUGUAUUGAUUGA